UUCCGGGCUGGCUCUGUUUCUACGGGGAGUGAUUUUGAUGAGACACUGCAUUGACUGUGACGUCGUUAAAGUUUACUAACAGUAAUAUCAGCUGUUCAACCAGCAGACUGUUACCGUGUUACUGAGGAACCAGGUGGAUGAUGGAGAACAGUGUGAACUCUGACCCGGCUGGAGGCUCCGGGACCCCCGGGACAGGUCCUCACAAUGACGCUCGGGGUCCUCGGUGGCGUAACUGGACCGGAUUCUGGCUGCUGGGACUGUGUAAUAACUUUGCCUACGUGGUGAUGCUGAGCGCUGCUCAUGAUAUUCUACAGACACAAGAGUCCCAGAACGCCACCACGCCUAAUGCAACUUUCCCAGCAGGAAACAGCAGCAGCAGCAGCAGCAGCCGCUACGACUGUAACCCCGUCUCUACUGCGGCGGUUCUGUUAGCUGACAUUCUGCCAACUCUCGUCAUCAAGCUGGCGGCUCCCUUCGUCAUCCACAAAAUGCCUUAUGGCGUGCGUGUCUUGUUGUGCUCCUUCAUGGCGGCGACCAGCUUCCUGCUCGUCUCCUUCUCCUCCUCUGUGUGGAUGAGCAUUCUAGGAGUGAUCUUUGCCAGUAUGAGCUCUGGACUGGGAGAACUCUCCUUCCUCUCUCUCACCGUCUACUUCAGCAGGGAGGUGCUGGGAGGAUGGGGGUCAGGGACUGGUGGAGCUGGAGUGUUGGGGGCUCUGGUCUACUCAGGACUCACCCAGCUGGGCCUGUCCCCCCAGAAGACCCUCCUCCUCAUGCUGCUGAUCCCCUUCAUCAUGGUGCUGAGCUAUUUCUUCCUGCUGGUUGCUCCUCCUGCAGUACCUCAGUGGACCAGCAGGGACACUGAAUACUCAGCUGUGAGCUCAGAGGACAGACAGCAGCUGGUGGACGGACCAGAGGAAGAGGAGCAGGACAAACCAGCCCCAGUAACAGGAGACAGAACCACCGGACCUCUGACCCUCACAGAGAAACUAGACGUGAUCAAAGGUCUGCUGAGGUUUGUGUUCCCGCUGGGACUCGUCUACUUCGCUGAGUACUUCAUCAACCAGGGCUUGAUGGAGCUCCUGUAUUUCCCCACAUUCUUCUUGUCCCAUGCAGAACAAUAUCGCUGGUACCAGACUCUGUACCAGGUGGGUGUGUUGGUGUCUCGGUCUUCUCUCUGCUGUGUGAAGAUCAGGAAGCUGUGGUUUCUCUCUCUGCUCCAGGUGGUGAAUGCGGUGGUGCUCCUGUCUGCGGUGCAGUACCAGUUCCUGCCCAGCGCCUGGCUGGUGUUUGUGGUGGUCCUCUAUGAGGGUCUGCUGGGUGGAGCUGCAUACGUCAACACCUUCUACUUCAUCAGCAAGGAGACUGCAGACAGACAGAGGGAGUUUGCGAUGGCAGCAGCCAGCGUUGGAGACAGUCUGGGCAUCGCUGCUGCAGGACUCGCUGCCUUCCCCGUCCACUCACACUUCUGUUCCCUCUGACGCUCUGCAGCAUGAGGGUGUGUUCUUCAAUGAAUGAAUGAAUGAAUGAAUGAAUGAAUGAAUGCUUUAUUUCGGUUACCCAAAAAAACAACAACAAAAAAAAACAGACAACAAAAUAAAAUCAUGUUUUUACAAAAGAAUCCAUCAGACAGCAACCGAAAAGGGACCAGGCUGAAGCCCCACUAAAGGCUUAUUUUAGCCUCUCCUGUACCAUCUACAUUAUAUACAUUACAUUAUAUACAUUACAUUAACUGAGUAAUUCACAUUGUUACAAAACACAUGAUACCUUAAACUGAAAAAUCAAAUUCAAUAAAAUUUAAUUGUAACACUUGAUAAUUUUAGAUUUCUUAGAUUUAGAUUUCUAUCUGACAUGAGUCUCAGACUGAAUCAGCUCUGAUCAGCUGCUGCUGGCAGGAUAAAAUCAGUUUGGAGUCUUUUUCCUGCUGUGUGCAGGGGCAAGAAAAAGUAGAUGAAGCCUUUAAAUGACCUGGUUUCUGCAUUAAUUUGUCAUAAAACAUGAUCUAAUUUGCAUCUAAGUCCCAAGAAUAAACAAACACAACAUGCUUAAUUAACCCUUUGAUGCACAACAACAUGGUCUAAAGUGACCCCACUGAGUUCAAAUAUUUAUAUAUUUUUUUUAUGACUACUCUUCUAAUGCACAAGGUGAUUUCUGACCCAUGUUGUGCAUUAGAAGGUGUUUAUAUGUUGUCACCAAUUCACCAAUCACCAAUCUAAUGAAAAUGUAAUGAUUUAAUGAGAAAAAUACAAAAACACACAUAAAAAAGACACAUAAAUACACACAAAAAAUUCAAAAGACACACAUAAUACAAAAAAAAUACAAAAACACAAACAGAAAAUGCAAAAAAAUACACAAAAAAACAACACAAAAUGACAAAAAACACACAAACAUAAUUUUUUUUUACAAAAAAAUAAAAAACACACACAAAACACAUAAAAAUCCACACAAAAACAGACAAAGAAAUUACAAAAAACAGUAAACACAAAAGAUUGCAUUAAUGCACGAGGUGAUUUCUGACCCAUGUUGUGCAUUAGAAGGUGUUUAUAUGUUGUCACCAAUUUAAAACCUGACAAAGAAGACACAAAUAUUAACUAUCCUAGUUUGUUAAAUUGGUGUUUUUUCCAAUGUAAAUUAUUAUUUGGUGCCUCUAAUUGGUCUCAAAUGUUAAAAUAUGUGAUUUUCCAAUGUAAUCUGGUGGUUCUAACAACUCUUUUAAAGUUAAACCUUCAAAAUAAGACAAACAUAGUGACACAUAUACUCACAUUGUUCAUUCAGUGAAUCACUUUUUGUAUCACUACUCUUCUAAUGCACAAGGUCAUUUUAGACCCAUGUGUGUAAACUUGAUGUAAUAAUACAAAAACUAUUUUUCUUCAUAAAGUAUGAAAGGAAAUAAGGAUAUAAAUAUCUGUUGUAAUAAAAAAAAAGAUAAUCAAACACACAGCAGCAUGGAAUAAUAAUAGGGUUAUUUUAGACCAUGUUGUACAUUAGAAGGUAUAAUAAAGACAUGAAUAUUAUAACUGUUAGUGUGAUAUUAGGUUAAGCAUGUUGUUUUUGUCUAUAUUUGGGACUUAGAUGCAGAUCAGAUCACAUUUUAUAACAAAUUAAUGCAGAAAACCAGGUAACUUCAGAGGCUUCACAUACUUUUUCUUGCCUCUGUAAUUGUGCAAACUUCGGGUUUUUUUAGCUUUUUUUCUGCAGCUACCUCACAAGAAAAUCCUUUCUGUGGUUCAGUAAUAAAUGGUGGUUUUUAAUAUGAGAUAUAACUUUGAAUUGACAAAAGCAGGACAGGAAAUGUCCAGUUUGUUUUAUUUAAUGUUCUGUUUUUACUACUGAUAUAAUGGAUUUAAAGCCAUUAAUCCAUGUUGGUGUUGUGUUCUAGAUACUGACAACAACAGAGAAAAGUGACUGUUGAACACUGGAGACAAUGAUAUUUAUAUAUAUAUAUAUAUAUAUAUAUAUAUAUAUAUAUAUAU